AUGGGCGUCGACUCCCGCAGACCAAUCCUGCCCGCACCGACUGAUUCCCUCGUCGGCACCAGCGUUACCCCAACUGAUCUGGAAACUGACAUUUCUCGACGUACAGACAGGACGUCAUAUUCCAUCCCAGAGGACGGAAAAGCCGUCACAAUCCCUCUCCAGCGCCAGCGUCGUGACAGGGAAGGCUCUUCCAAGCUGUCGCCCUCACAGAACUCCCACACCUCCCUCCUGAUCGAGUACUUCGAGGGAGGGAAGGGUUCCAGUUCCCUUACUUCGCGACCCAGUGUCCGCGUCCGCGUCACGCCCUCCGGUGCGCGAAAAUCCAGGGACCAGAAGGACACUGUCCAGAUCUCUGAAUCGGUCGGGUCCCAGAGACCCGUUUUCACACGUCGCAUUUCCCUCGGGUCUCCCCCCUCGAAACAGAAACAGCUGGCGGGAGGUGAUGCCCAGAGUUCCACAUCCUCCCUCUCCGUCGAAGAUCUUCACGCGUCACCUCGUCCGCCGGUGGAGAUCGAGCUCAUGGAUCGUGACCGAGGCAGCGAGCUUUCAGACCUGAGAUAUGUCAACCAGGCGUCUGAAAUAUCUACCAUGCCCCCAGACAGCAUGUUAGAUGCCACUUCCUCACUCUUGCGACACAAGCGCAGUCAGAGCUUGGGCAGAGAAGAAGCGACCCGUGCGUCCAAGGAUUUUCUCAAAACCCCGUCUAGGCAGCGAAGCCGUAGCUUGAGUAAAGAACGGAUCGCACACCGUGUGGCUGAAAAGCUCAGCAGUGAGCCACGGGAUAUCUCAAUCAGCAAGCAUAGGCGUUCGGGAAAGAACAGAGGCGGAAGCAAAGACCUAUUCAUGGAAGAGGAUACCAAAGCCCCCAGACGAAAGGUCAACCGUCACCGUGAAAUUGAACUAAGCAGUCCGGAUUCGAGCCUGCUCAGCGCAUCAGUCACAUCCUCUCACCAACGUUCAGCGGACCAGAACUCUUACCGGUCCUCCAAGUCAUCUCUCAACAAUCCAAAAUUGCUGGAGACUGUGGAAGACGCAAUCCGGAGGCUAAUUUUACCAGAGCUGAAGGAGUUGAAGAAAGAUCAGAAGGUCCUUACCAACACAUCCAAGUUCGAACGGGACCUGGCGCCUCGCCCCUUGGCAACCGCCUCGUCCAAAGGGGAGCUAGGGCGACGCUUGUCGAAGCAUUCCAGUGCCCCUGAUGUGACUAGACACACAUCCACCGAUCGAUCACUGGGAACCAAAGACCGUAAACCCAGUAAGGAUGCUGGGUUGACUUUUGUCAAACGAGGUUCUCGACCCGAUCUUACUGAGAAGGAUCUUUUACGACGACAGAAGAGCAAGAGUCUCCGGGAUGCAGAGGCGGCUGGAAGGGUUGGCACGGCUCUUACGGCAGCUGCUCUUUCGCGCCAUGACUCUGAAUCCACCUUAGACCACGGGAGAAGCCGAGCUUCACGGAGCGGAACGGGGACUCCUAAUGAGACCGAGCUGGGUGUCAACGAAACCGAGCUAGUCUUCCAGAAACACAACGUGCCUCCAAUGCCGCUGAAUAGCGAAAUUGACUCGGGCUUAACCAGAGACUCGCUUCUUUCUGAAAAGACCGCGGAGCCAUCAACACCUGCCAGAGAUACCAGAGUAAGGGAUGUGGCCCGUGGAUCUCCAGCUCAGAACGCAUCUCCCAGUCCCAGUUCACGUGUCUCACAUCGCUCGCCUCUGGGAUUCCAUCACAGCAAUAUGUCGAGUCACAAUUUAUCUUUUCAUGAUGCCUCCGAUCAUGACUUACGUGAACAUAGCCCCUCGCCCAUGAGCGACUCAACGCUUGGUUCGGGGGAUGUCGCAGAGGCAGCCGCAGCCAAUCUACUUGGUGUCGAUCCGGGGUUCCAUGGAACCCCAGAUGAACACUCGGAUUUCUCAAACAGACGACGGACUCUUAGCCCGAUUCAGAGUGUUGCUAGUGGUAGGACUGAAGACACUCAGACGGGGCAUCCCGAAGUGCCACAAGGACACGCGGAUUCCGAAGGAGAGAGGCGGCUGGAGCCGCAUCUGUCAAUUGAGUCUCUGUCUUCAGCACCCAGUACAGACCUUGCAAGAUCAACAAGGCUGGGCCCCAGCAUGGACAGUCGGAGCGAGCUUGCGAAGGACGAACCUGGACUUGGUCUCGGUUACGAGGAGUCGCCCAGGCCCUCGCAAGGCAGCAGAGGAUGGCAAGAUUCCGAAGCUAGGGAAGGAAGCAGAAUCGACCUGAGAGACGCUCACCAUGUAGACGACAGUGAGGUCGAUUACCUGCAAAAGGUUAACCAAGGUCAGCAUGUCGCGGAUGUCCGUGGUGCAAAUCCGAAGUUCUUCCAACCGCUGGCGGUUGAAUCAGCAGUGGCGUCUCUCCUUGAUCCCUCCGUGGUUACAUCAAAUGUCUCCAAGGUACCAGCGAACCGGUCGCAGCCUGACCUUGGUAAUCAAGAAUCCCAAUCGGCCAGUCGCACCCCUCAGCCCAGGGAAGACACGAUGAGAGAGCAGCAUACUUCUCUUCAGGAAGCUCCUACGAAACAGCGCCAGGAUGCUGCUAGUCCUGGUGCCAUCUCGCUUCCUAAGAGGAUAGAUACCACUUCGCCUCCACAGAGCGUCGCGCAGUCGAUUGAAAAUCAGGAAGAACCAGAACACCAGGCUCCAGUUCACGUGAGUUAUGACGAGAGCCCCGAUCACGAAGCCGGUCAUAGCCCUGAGACCGAGUCCGAAAUCAAUACCAACCCUUCCAUUAUCCAGGGACCAAUCGGCGGGAUGCCUCAUGGGGCCCAAGUUCCUUGGUCGUACGAUCCAACGUCUGCGAAAGCUAAUCAGCUUCCUUACCCCGACGAUCAUGAAUUAGCUAAUGAUCAGAUGGGUUACGAUUACCACGGCUAUUCCAAUACAGUCCGCAGAGCUACUUAUGACUCCAAUGGUUUCUUCAAUCAGCCGGACGAUUACAUGGGUGAACAGCUGUUUGCAACUCCGCCAGGGGCAAAAGAUGAGGGCUAUGUCUCUGCUGCUAAUCCACUUUCGCCGAGUAUCGGCUCACCACAGCCUGCAAGCAAGGGCCUCGGUGGUCUCAACGCAAAUCCCGUAUCUCUGUUCGAUAACCCAAUCGAGGAUGAUCUUUUCGGAGCAACUUCCCACCAGAGAAACCUCAGCGGGUACUCUCAUGGGAUUCCCUCACCCUUGUAUGACAGCGCCACAGGAAGAGGUAUCGAGAGAAUCAAAUCCAAGGACAUCGUUGCGCUUAUGGAUCAUCUUACCGUUCGCGAUGCUCAACGGAAUGCCCGAGACACCGAGAUCCUGGUAACCCUUGUCCGAAGCGCGGCAGAAAUGCGCAAUUCCUUUGAGGAAAUGAAGAAGUUCAUUGCUCACCAGGAUGGACUUAUCAUGGAAACAUCGGGCAAACAGCACGAGCAGACACAAAAACUUAUUGGGGGUCCCAGGCCUCUUCCCCCUAGUGGAUCGCGGACCAUGCGUCAACUCGGGUCAGAAGAAGGCGAAGAUUUGCGUACGAAACGGCGGAAUGUUUUCAAGCGCGCUCUGAAAGGAUUAACCCUGAAGUCUUCCAACGAUCUCACCAAGAUUGAGGAGAUGCUGGAGCAGUUACUAGAAGAAGUCGAGGCCCUACGAGCUGUUCAGGAAGGAGAUAGAGCCACUCGCAGCGCUCCUCAGGCUGCAAGUGUAGAUCCAGAGGGCUACGAGCCGGAAGGCCGAGCUGGCACGUCGACGUCGUCCCCGGGAAACCAGUCUGGAUACUUCUCUAAUUCUUCACGUCCGCUUGCCGACUCUCGUGGCAUACGAAGGGAUUCUGCGCAUCGUGUCAGCACCGUCCAUGAAGUAGAUGAGGAUAUGGAACUCGAAGGGGGGGGAGGACAGUUUUCGAAUCCAUCGAGCGGGCAGUACAUAGCGCGCCAUGCAAGGGCGGAAUCGGCACCUCUCAAUACUCCCCCCAAGAUCGCGCUGAAUUCAGGCUCGGCAAGCAACGAGACGACGCCGAAGACUUCCGAGAAAGCUCGGAAACACAAAUCAAGCAGCUCGUCUUUCUUCCCCAAGAUAUCUCGCUGGUCUAAGACUACGACAUCUUCGGCAGAUAAUACUCGCAACAGCGCGCAGCCGCCUCGUAAGGACCUCCCUUACUCUGACAUGUCACGUUCAGGAUCGGACCUCGCUCAAGACCAGUACAAGACGAGCUUUUAUGACCCUCAUGGUGACGACAGACUGCGGUCGACGCACACCUUGGAUGAUCAGCGGCAACAACAAGAGAAUCGGCCUCCGUCGCCUCUGGUUCCAUCGCAGGUCUCGGAGACUCCCAAGUAUCGAGCUCACCGGGAUAGUUUAAAUCUCCAGCACCCGCAGCCUCGACAGGGCCCGUCCGGGCGCUACCAGUCUCAAUUGGAGUCGCAGGCUUAUGACUUUAGAAGUCCAGUGUCGCCCACGUCAGAUCAGUGGGGUUCCAACCCCAGUCUGGUCGGCCCUGCUAGUGCCGCUCAAAAUCGGUACAGCAACGGAGGCCACCUAUCUCCAAUUUCUGAUGCUGGCUAUUCGGAAGCUACCUCUCGAACUGGCAAGACGCCUCCUCCCCCAAGGCCACCUAAGCUCAGGGACGAUGGCCCGCUUGUUCCGGAGCGGCCUCCCAAGGUCAAUGAAGAUGAGGGAUCCAGUUAUGUGGAUCGUGUUGUUUCACGGAGUUCUGCCAUGCGCUCCACACCUCCUCUCCGAAAACCUACUGGCCCUCGUCCUCUUACUUCCGCCGGCGGCAAUCAGUACAGCCCCGGACACUCGAAGAGGACUCGCUAUUGAGGAAGUCCCGUACAAAGCGUUGAUGACGAUUACUAAUUUUUUUUUUUUUUUUUUUUUUUUUUUUUUUUUUGUUGUUGUUGCCCGUUUUCUUUUCGGGAACUUGAUACCCAAAAGAAAGAAGAUUCUUCUUCUGUCUCUCUCGUCAAGCCGUCAUCUAAUGCAUGUAUAUCUGCAGUUAUUUCGGAAUUGUGCUCAUGACAUCAAUCUUAAUUUCAUGAUAAAUACCAUUCUGUUUCUGCUCUGGUCUUUGCCUGUUGUCUAUUGAUUUUUUUUUCGUCGUCAUCUAUUACGAUCAAGCGUUAUUUCUUCUCUGCUUGUGCUAUGUGAAACAUCAAAUCCCACCUUCUACUUCCUUUACCCUUGUUUAUAUUGAAAAGAAUACGGCAUGUAUAUGCAUUUUUUGCUAUACACAUAAUUUUGUCUAUCAUGAUGAUGAUUUUACCAUUCUUCCUUUUACGAUGCACAUUAUUAUGAUUCCUUCCAGCCCUUGCUGCUUGCAGUUACGAUGACACUGUGGAUAUUUAUGAUCUCGAUCAGCACAGAUAUUACUGAAGUAAGGAUAGAAACAACAUUCAUGGUUCUAGUAAAUCUUCGUCUGCCUACAGGCUGUUACACAAGUGCUUCAUAGGGAUUGUCUACAGGAUACUAGUACCAGCGAAUGGACACGACUCAGGCUUGAUUUCCAUUUGGGCUGUCCUGAAACUCACUAUCAGAUAAAAUGCAUGUCUGUUGUACCAGUCCCAUCAGGAGUAUAUGCCAAAUAUGAUCUGAUCUAUUCACGGUACUUCUUACCGAUGCAUGACUAGAAAUCAUUUGCCACUCUAGAGUGAAUAGGAGUAACGGUGAAUUCAGCUAUGAGAGUAUAUAUAAAAGGCCACUUUAAUACAUGCAUCUCGCCUUUUAUUCAUACCUCUUACCUUAUCUCUUACAGCCAUAAUCAUCUUUUUAAAAUGUCAUGACAAGCCUUUUUUUGCUCAAUGGGAUUCAACAGAUCCAUCGAUACAAACAAGCAGUCAAAGCAACUUGGUGGAAUCCAGAAGUAGUUCAUCUGAGAAAGGCCUAAUGGACUUCUCCAUAUAAUAGUUAUAUGUGGCAUACAUACAUUAUGUCAUGGGCUACGCCCAGGCAUAUGACAACUCUGCUUUCCCUUUUAUACCAUUUUUUCUGUCUGUCUCUUUGCUUCAUUUGUUCUGUUUGUUGCUGGAAUGCCCUUCUUCUUCCUCACAAGGAAUCCUUCGUGUAUUUAGUACGAAAAUGAAUUUUAUAUUCGAACCCUUACACAUUAUUGUUGUUGUUUAUAUGAAGCAGUGAUGAAUGGGGUUUAUGAUUGCCUCUUCCUCGAGGACCAAGGUGUGGUGUGUGACAUCUAGGAACUCAGAGAGUCCAUGCAUCAUGAGGCUCAAGAAUAAUUUUAGGGGCUUUUACAGAUUACUGUUACUGUUAGACUGUGUCCUAUAGCACUCAUCCUGCUCUUAUGGGAAUUCUUAUUAGUUACGGGGUGGUUACAUUAUGUCACGGACUGAAUAUCUGACCUUGUCAAGCUUGUCCUGGGUACUCAUCUCCAGUUCUCCUCACAAACCUACAGUUAUUCAGCAAAAGAAGUGC